UGGAACUUAAUCUUGUAUAUAUCUCUGUGGGCUCCAAAGAGCUAUGACAGGAAGUGUUAUUCCAGAGACACUGAUAUCAGAGAAAAAAAAUUAAUGGAUUUAUUUGAGUAGAUAUCCGUGAUUUGAUAGAUGUCAGAUGGGUUGUUGUAAAGACUAGGGUGCUGUCUAUGGUUAGUACGUGACAGUUGUACCUUGUGAAAAGCAGCUUCUUCACUGAACUGAUGUCAGACAGCACCCACAGCCUUACAAAUGCCAGACAAGUUGAUUUCCCAGGGGAAAACAGUCAACCUUCGGCAAAUUACUAAUAAACAUUAAUUCCUACAGAUGUGUGCUGUGCAAUUAGUUCAGUUAAAUUAAACGUUGAAAUCUGUUUUUGACAAUUUCUGAUAUUUACCUGAGGCAGGUGAUAUAUUGUUGAAAGUAGAUCUCAUUGUUUAAAUUAGUUAAACUAGUGUGCGCUUUAUAUUGGUGGAAGACAGUUGGUCUUAAAUAGAUGUUAGACAUGCGAGACUGUACAAGCAUCCUCUUGAAUUUUGUCUGCCACAUAUUGUAACAAAGGGCCCACCUAUUGCAAUCAUUAUGGUAACACUAGGCAAGUCUGUAGUAACCCAUUUGGCUGCUUCCCUGUCCCUGAGGUCAGAUGUCGUUAAUCACUUCAGUCUUGUUCGUUGUUGUUCACGUUAUCAAAAUGGUUAUAGAAGGCUUAUGGCCACAGUGGGUGUAGUGUUUGUAAAUUUAUUUAUUUUGUGAAUUUGUGCUGUUGUCAUCGAUCGUUUAAGGUCUGGUGAGAUUCAGAACAGAUGAAGGGCCAGGAGAUGCAGAUGAGAUGAGAUUUGGAGCAGAGAAUGUCACAUCAAAGACCUCUUAGUGAGCAAGUGGAUUUCUAUGAUGACAGUCAAAAUUUGUUGGAUCUUGUAACUGAUGGUGCCUCAGAUGAAGACGACUUGUGGUAUGAGGCCCAACUAAAAGCUGCCUUGGAGGAGUCUCUGUCCAUUACUGGGAGAGCUGAGGUAGGUGGUGUGCCCCAAGGGGGAGAAGAGGUACAGACGCGAGAUGAGGAGGUGGCGUCACAGCUGCAGUUAGAAGAGGUAAUUUGGGCAAGUCAACAGGAAGGAAUUAAAACUCAGCAACAACAACAACUGGUUGAGGGGAUCAGUGCUGACAGCUGGCCUUGCGUGGACAUGGACAGUGAUCGGAGCACCUCAUCUGAUGAGGAGAAAAGUGAGGAGCUAAAGAAGGUGUUAGAGUUGCAAACGACUAGGCCACAACAACUGUCCGGGGUGGAGUCGAGACGGAGAAAAAGGCAGCUGCAGAGGAAAUCUCGCAGAGCAGCACAGGAGAAGUAUUCCGACAAGGCUGUGGCUUUUCUUGAUGGCGAUUCUGUCAAUCCUGAGCUAGCUGAAGUUCUUAAAGGGAAACAGUGUAGCCCUGCGUCUCAUCUUCAGUUUGAGCAGGACGUCCUGCAGGAUGACAACAUCGACGUAGAGAUGUGCCUCGUACCGUCUCCACUAGAUGAUAAUGGUAUACCAGAAACGUGGGACUGUGAGGCGCGUGGGUCGGAUGCUCCACAUGCGGACUACGUGCUUGUCACACUGUCUCCUGGGGUUGCAGAAUAUGACACUAUUUGUAGGGAAUUUUCGAAGGCUUCUCUCAGUGUGGUGUCAAUUGAAAGAUUGCAGAAUUUCAUGUUGUUGGAUCGUUACAGGAAAGAAAAAGAACACAUGGACAAUAGACGAAAUGGGUUUGCCAUCAAUGAGCGAUAUUUGUACCAUGGGACUAAAGUGGCCAAGGAAGUUGUCUGUGAGGAGAACCUGGAUCAACGUCUGAGUAGAAAGGGACAUUUUGGAAGAGGGAUAUACUUCAGUGACAAUCCCAGGAAGUGUCUUCAGUAUGUGAAGAGUAAAGAACAAACUGUCUGCAUCCUGAAGUGUAGAGUUGUCCUGGGAGACACAAAGGUCUAUCCUAGAGGACAAAGUGAUUCAGCUCUGAAAAGAGAACCUGCUAAAGAAAAGCCCUCUGGUGGCAGGAAAUUUUAUGAUUCAGUGAAGGGCUGUCCUAGAGACUUCAAUGAGUUCGUGAUAUAUGAGAAUCGUAGGGCGAUGACGGAGUACAUCAUAACCUGCCGAGAGUCAUGUGAUGAACCAGUUACCACAGCAACUGACUCCAUAGUUGGAACAGUUGAACGAGAGGUAACAACCACAGACGUAAAGAGCACUAAGCUGAAGUGGGUGCCAGUUCCAGUGUCUCUGAACGAUGUUGACAUCAACAACGGCAUUACCAUAGCAACCAGCUCUGAGGAAACUACUAUCCCCUCAGUUUUAUCUCCUUCAGACACAGAAAGUAGUCAGGCCCAGGAGACUGAUGUGAGUGUUACAAGUGAGACUGGGUUUCAGAAUCAUUUGCAGCCUUAUGGGGACGACAGGAGUGUUUCAGAUGAGGAUUCAGACUGUGAUUCUGUGAUUCAAGACAGUGACUCUGUGAACGGUUAUGAGAAUAUCCAUGGUGCUGUCGCUGUAGACCCCAAUUCUGUGACUGCGGAGCCCAGUUCUGUGACAGUAGGCCCCAGUUCUGUGGCUGAUGGUCACCCAGAUUCCUCUUUUCCAGACCCACCCGCUACUGUUCCUUUCAGUCACAAUCAAGAUGCUCUGAGUGUAGGGGAAGAUGAUCAUGUUGAGAUACUAAAGAAGGUUAGAGAGGAGAUUCGACGACAAAGACAAUUAGAGAAAAGUGUACAGAUUUCAAGCCCAAGUGGAAAGAAAGAUGUUUUCCUUGUGGAUAAUACCCAUGGGACUGCAUCAUCUGCCAAGCCAAAGCCCCUGAGCCUCCUCAAGGAGGACCCUGUGGAGCUGGUGAAGGCUCAACUCGUCGCUGAAUUCAUCCAGGUCACACAGAUUGAAGAUGUGAUGUUGGCCAGGCAUCAUGUGACUCAAGCUGACAUGAACCUUGACCAGGCCAUUCUCAACUACUACAACAGCCUCAGCUAGACAACUGGCCGUACUCAACUACUACAACAGCCUCAGCUAGACAACUGGCCGUACUCAACUACUGCAACAGCCUCAGCAAGACAACUGGCCGUACUCAACUACUGCAACAGCCUCAGCAAGACAACUGGCCGUACUCAACUACUACAACAGCCUCAGCUAGACAACUGGCCGUACUCAACUACUACAACAGCCUCAGCUAGACAACUACUACAACAGCCUCAGCCAGACAACUACUACAACAGCCUCAGCCAGACAACUACUACGACAGCCUCAGCUAGACAACCAGCCAUACUCAACUGCUACAACAGCCUCAGCUAGACAACUACUACAACAGCCUCAGCUAGACAACCAGCCAUACUCAACUGCUACAAUGGCCUCAGCUAGACAACUAGCGAAAACAGGUUAUACAUGUAAAUUGAGAAACCCACAACCACCAGAGCUAGACAACCAGCUGAAACAGGCUAUACAAGUACAUGUGAACUGAGAAACUGUCAACCACCAGAGCUAGACAACCAGCUGAAACAGGCUAUACAUGUAAACUGAGAAACUGUCAACUACCAGAGCUAGACAACCAGCUGAAACAGGCUAGAAACUGAGAAACUGACAACAACCAAUGCUAGACAACCAGCUGAAGCGGACUAUACAUGUAAACUGAGAAACCGUCAACCACUAGAGCUAGACAACCAGCUGAAACAGUCUAUAAACUGAGAUACCUGCAACGAGAGCUAGACAACCAGCUGAAACAGCCUCUGAACUGAGAAAGCCGCAACAACCAGAUAAAACAGGCCAUACAACACCAUGAGCUACAAUAUACAAUUGGCUAAAACAGCCUGUGAGCCUGUACCCAUAUUUAUCAAGCGUCUUAAGACGUCAACAGCUCCCCGGCAGGUUCCCCCUUUAAGUCAGAAUUCAAAUACAGCAGCAAUUAAAUUGUUUCUCUCCAGGAAGUUUAAAAGAACAAUUUACAAACCACAGUUUGAGUUCUUUACUGCUCUGGCAUUUUAGGCACUUGUCAUUUAUGAUUUAAGUUUUAAGUUGCUUAAUGAAUAUGGGUUCUGUGCACCUGCAGCAGCCUGAGCUAGACAAUUGGCUGAGUAGUCUAGAAACUUAGAAACCAACAGCCUCAGCUAGAAACCAGCAACCUCAGCUAGAAACCAGCAACCUGAGCGAGAAACCAACAACCUCAGCUAGAAACCAUCAACCUCAGCUAGAAACCAACAACCUCAGCUAGAAACCAGCAACCUCAGCUAGAAACCACCACUUUCAGCUAGAAACUGACAACCUCAGCUAGAAACCAGCCUCCUCAGCUAGAAACCAACACUUUCAGCUAGAAACAGAAAAACCUCAGCUAGAAAACCACGACACUUGCAGCAGCCUGGGCUAGACAAUUGGUUGAGUAGUCUAGAAACUGAGAAACCAACAACCUCAGCUGGAAACCAACACCUCAGCUAGAAAACCACGACACCUGCAGCAGCCUGGGCUAGAUGCUGAACUAUGAACACAUAUUUCUAUAAACACUUUUUCAUGGAGUCAGAAGUGUUUUCAUCAUGUCUUUUCAGAGAUGAUGUAAAACAAUGCAUGAACUGUCUCUUUGCCACUUCAAAGAAAACAGAAAACGAUGAAUGAACUUCUGUUUGGAGUCAGAAUUGAGAUCUUUUCGGCCAAUCCAAAGACAACAGACAACAAUUGAUGAUCUGAUGCUUGAAGUCAGAAGUGAGUUCUCUGCCAGUUCAAAGACAACAGAAAACGAUGAAUGAACUUCUGUUUGGAGUCAGAAUUGAGACCCUUUUACCAAUUCAAAGACAACACACAACAAUGCAUGAUCUUCUGCGUGGAGUCAGAAGUGAGUUCCUCAUUGUCAUUUCAGAGACAACAAACAACAAUGCAUGAACUUCUGCGUGGAGUCAGAAGUGAGUUCCUCAUUUUCAUUUCAGAGACAACAAACAACAAUGCAUGAACUUCUGCGUGGAGUCAGAAGUGAGUUCCUCAUUGUCAAUUUCAGAGACAACAAACAACAAUGCAUGAACUUCUGCGUGGAGUCAGAAGUGAGUUCCUCAUUGUCAAUUUCAGAGACAACAAACAACAAUGCAUGAACUUCUGCGUGGAGUCAGAAGUGAGUUCCUCAUUGUCAUUUCAGAGACAACAAACAACAAUGCAUAAACUUCCAGAUGGCAUGGUUGGAGUCAGAAGUGAGAUAAUCGUAGUGAAUUCAAAGACAACAGAAAACAAUACAAGAGCUUCCAGUAAAGCCAGAACAUCCAGACAGUGUCAGUAGUGUGUUUACUAUGGCUGUGGGCAGUCUGAAAGAUUAUUUGGGGGUUCAGAUAGGGCUGGAAUUGAGAUCAGUUUAGGUGAAAAGCACACUUAAGACACUAUGUGAAUAUUAUAGUCAGAAUUGAAUUUAAGGAAGGUAAGAAAAUCUAAUUAGUGAACCGUCAGUUGGACAUGGAAUUGGCUUUUGUAUGUAUGUUGGUAACAAAGAACUGACUUAGGAUGAAUUUUACUUUCAGUUACAAUUUAAGUUCUCCUUGGUCAAAGGCAACAGGAAACAGUUGAUGAAUCGUUGGUUGGACUCGGGGGGUGGAGGGGGCGGUCAGGAUGUUCAACUUAAUGCACCGAAAACCGUGAUUCAGGAAGUUCUGACUGUGAUACAGAUCGGAAUUUCUUUGCCAUGUUGACAGAAAACAACAAAAUACAUGUACAUAUAGGGUUGAUGUUAGCUCCAAACUAAAUCGGCUGAUGCAGAAGUAUUAACAAAUUUUGUUUGUCAUUUUGUUGUGUAAUUUGACUGGAAUCAUAUUUAAAGUGAAGACUGACUUUGCUUACAGUUGCUUUGGUUAAGAUUGCUGGUACGUGUACAUGUACAAUGAUUGUGAAAUUCGCUAUUUUAUGUACACGCAUGUGUAAAUUCAUACACCUGUAUAUGUACCAUAAAGCUCCACCUAGGUCAGAUUGAUAAACCUAUAUAUGUACCAUAAAGCUCCACCUAGGUCAGAUUGAUAAACCUAUAUAUGUACCAUAAAGCUCCACCUAGGUCAGAUUGAUAAACCUAUAUAUGUACCAUAAAGCUCCACCUAGGUCAGAUUGAUAAACCUAUAUAUGUACCAUAAAGCUCCACCUAGGUCAGAUUGAUAAACCUAUAUAUGUACCAUAAAGCUCCACCUAGGUCAGAUUGAUAAACCUGUAUAUGCACCAUAAAGCUCCACCUAGGUCAGAUUGAGAUAUCUAACAGUAAUUUAAUUCAUACUUUGGAACAUAUGAAGUAGAAACAACUGGUACAUUGCUGAGCCGUACCUUUCUAGGUAAACAGUAUUGCAGUGUUUUGUUUAGGGCAGAAUCUACCUUGUAUAUGAAAUGAAUGUAUCUUAUGGUGAUUCUUAAAGAUAUCAAACCGAUACAGUCCAUGUGUAAGUUGUAUUUAUUUUCUAAUAUUUCUAAUAAUAAUAAUAGCGUGUAGGUAGCUUGCGACUAUUUUAGUAUAAACAUGAACAGCUAGAAUAAAACCCUAACUGAUCUGAAUUGAUAAGAGGCCAUAUUUCACCGGUUACGUGUGACCAUUUGCGAGUUAUAACACUGUCGCCGCUGCUCUGGAUUUACUCUAUUCUGUAUGACUUUAAUUAUAUCGAAGGUUAUUUUUAAAAAAGCACUUUUCAGGCUGAGCUCUCAUAGGAAGUCUGAAUCUUAUGUGAGUUUGAAGUGUUGGCUCUUAUGUGAGUUUGAAGUGUUGGCUCUUAUGUGAGUUUGAAGUGUUGGCUCUUAUGUGAGUUUGGAGUGUUGGCUCUUAUGUGAGUUUGAAGUGUUCUGUUUGGGGUCUGCUGUGUUUCAUUUUCUUCACACAAUCUCAAAAUAUGCCCAGCAAGGGCUAAAUUUUUUUAUCACAUUGUUACACUGUAUGUAUGCUGCAUUCCUUAGAGCUGGUGAAAUACAUGUAGUGGUUCAAGAGGAAUAAUAAUUCUGUCUCGGAAAGGCAAUACCAGUACCACAACGAACAAGAAGCUUUAAUUCUCAAAAAGUCAUAAACCUAUCAAGUCUCGAAAAA